AUGAAAUUAUUUUUAAUUUUAAUUUUAUCUUUAUUAGGUUUGGUAAACUCACAAUCAUACUAUGCAUUAUGGAAUAAUCCACAAAAUGAAUAUCCAAAUGCUUUUAUUGGUGUAGUAGAAUUAUCAACAAACACAAUUAAACAGCUAUCUUCGAUACCAAGUUGCCAACAUAUUGCCUCAAUGUCUACAUACAAUGAAGUUUUAAAUACUGCUUUCUUUUUAGUUACCUCAAAUUUGCUCUAUUUAUUUAAUUUCGGUUCUUUACAACUUGUUUUAGUAGGAUCUUAUAAAACAGAUGAUCAAGAUAUUUUAUCCAUCCAAUCAUUACAAACCAAUGAUGAAAAAGAUCUUUUAGUAGUUUAUUCCUCACAAGGUUUAUAUUCAAUGGGUUACGUCGAUCUUGUUAGUGGUAAUACUCAAUUACUUUUAUCUCUUCCAGGUACAUUUUUAACUCUUUCAUUUGGUAAUAAUAUGAUCUCAAUACUCAUUGAAGAAAAUGGAAUAGACUAUUUCUAUACUCUUUCACCAGCAAACAAUACCAUUACCAGCAAAAACCAAUUGUAUUGGAAAAGAAACCCAGAGAAUAAUCCAUACGCUUUAACAUUUAUCAAUACUUUUGCAUCAUUCUUUUUCUUUGAAAACUUUUCAAAUGAAUCUGUUUAUUUAAUGCAAGUAAAUUACAGUACAAAUCUUGUUCAACUAAGUCCAUUUUGGUCACCUCAAUUGGACAUCUCAAAAGUUUGGUCUAUUGCAGGUGAUACAGUUAAUAAAUUAUUUUAUGUUAUAACCAGCGAUAGCCAAGGCACGACCUAUUUAAAUAAAUUCGUCCAAACUGGAUACUUCAACCAAGUUACCUUUCCAGUAAAUGUAACAAACUUUUGGUCACUUUAA